GCAGAACAAUAAACUUCAUGAUGCUGGGCUGGUAAGAGGAAAUGCUGGGCCACUGGCCAAUGAGAAGGAAUUGUGAUUUUCACCUGCUACAGAGCAGAAUAGCUCCGUACCAUGCAAUGGGUAGAAUCAAUAUGGAGUUAAUACCUAGUGGCUCUUUUGAUGGGACUCGACUGUCAGUCUGACAGGAGUAAACUAUCUUCACCUAUGGCCAGUCUGGAAAGAAAUAACAAAAUACUGCUCGAUUUGGCACGACAGCCAGGUAACAACUUGUGUGCCGACUGUGGUGCUCCUGAGCCUGACUGGGCCUCCUACACUCUUGGUAUCUUUGUGUGCCUGAACUGCUCAGGAAUGCAUCGUAAUUUGCCAGCUGUCAGCAAAGUGAAGUCCAUACGUCUGGAUCGCUGGGAAGAUUCACUAGUAGAGUUCAUGAGGGAGAGGGGAAAUUCUUAUGCCAAAGCCGUUUACGAGAAGUGUGUCCCUGCCUUCUACUACCGGCCGCAACAAAGAGACUGCAUUGUUCUUAAGGAUCAAUGGAUCCGUGCAAAGUAUGAAAGAAGAGAAUUCACAGGAGAAAACAACUAUUCUCAGCACGCUUAUAGCUCAGACCUGAUUGAGUCAACACUGUGGAAGAAGGGCAAAGAUAACAAGCAGUUUCUUAAGCGGAUCUUCCUUCUCUCCCGGAAAGACUUCACCCUCAGAUACUUCAUUAAAGAGGAUUCCAAGGUUCCCAAAGCUGUCAUCUCCAUGAAGGAUCUGAAUGCAGUUUUCCAGCCAGAGAAGAUCAAUCAUGCUCACGGUCUGCAGAUCUCCUAUCUGCACGACGAGCGUAUGAGGAAUCUGUUUGUUUAUCAUGAGGAUGGACAGAUAAUUGUAUCCUUGUUCAAUGCUAUUCGGGCCACACGGCUGGCAUACCUCCAGAGGAAACACCCCACCCUUCGAGAUAAUGACUUAAUACCUCUGAUAGCAACACAUUGCCUAAAGGAGGGGUACAUGGAGAAAACUGGUCCAACGCAACGGGAGCCAUUCAAGAAGAGGUGGUUCAUACUGUGCUCAAAAAACAGAAAGCUUCUAUAUUUUAAAACUCCACUGGAUGCCACAGAGCUGGGCGCCGUCUUCAUCGGCACAGAGAGCCACAGCUACAGAGUAGAGAGCAGCGGCCGGGGCACGAGGGUAGGCCGGUGGCACUAUGGCAUCACGCUGCAGACUCCAGGCAGGCAGUUUGUGUUUAUGUGUGAGCAGGAGCAGGAGCAGAGAGAGUGGCUGGAGGCCUUCAGAAAGGUCAUCUCUCAACCCAUGACCCCAGAGGACUACGCUAAUGAAGCCAACUUGAGAAGGGGGAAAUGACUGAAACAUCUCCACCUGCUGGCUUGCAGGAGUACAGGAUACGAUAGGUAUACUUUUAGGGCCUAACAGACAGAAAGUUUUACUUUCCUGAACCUGUCAGUCAGGAUGUAAAGAAAUAUGCACAAAAAAAAAAAUCUGUUUUACUGGCAGGACUGCUUGACACUUCUGACAAAUGAUCAAUUCUAACACUCUGCACUGACUACAGUGUCUGUGGUUACAAUGUGCCACAUUAGAGAAGUGGCUGUCACAGCUGAGAUGUUGCUGCUUUAUGAGAUCUAUACACAUCAGAAGCAGUAUCUCCUGAAUUCAUUGCCUCGUUGUUGCCACAGUGUCACCACAUAAAAUAAGUCUUUGCAAUGUAUUAUAUGUAUUGUAAUAUGUUUAUACACUGGACAUGAAUAACAUGAAUGAACUGGAACCAAAUGUUGUAUUUAUUACAAAUAAGGAGUAAGUUGUACAAUUUUAGCUUUUGGUAGUAUUUUUACUUUUGUAGUUUGUUUAGUGGAUUUUUUUUUUUGUAUUUCUUGUUGUAUGUUUAACUCAAUUUGCACAUUUUGAAAAGAUUUUUUUCUUUCUCACACUCAUUUUAACUCUCUAUAUUGUUCUCUGAAACUUAACACUCUUCAUAAUUUUAAUAAACUUAAUACACAAUUGA